UCAGGUUUUAACCACUAAUGUAAAGCUUAUCACAGGAGAGAAUUAAGUCGGGAGUGAUUAUUAAGUUUGUGAGGCUUACAUCGUGGACCUACUACUUACAUGCAGUUCCACAGGAUCCUGGCACCUUUCAUCUGUUUUGUUCAUUUUUGUUUUACUGCAUUGAUAUCUAUCUUUUGAUUGGUUGGAUGUGUUUUGUGGAUUCUCUUCUAUUAAGUUACAGGUUCUGAAUGAUAACUCAUCUGGUCGACGAAAACAAGUGAAAUCUUAUACGAAAGAGCCUGACCAAUCUAGCCUGAUUGUAAUUACUGCGGAGAAACCACUCCAAUUUGUUCAAGGUUCUUUAAAAGUGGUUUAAACCAACUGUAAAACUAUGCUUUCCACGCCGUAGCAACUUAAACUGCUUCCGUGUCCAUGGUACAAGCCCGGGAUACUGCAUCCAAAUUAUCUUGACUACGAGAGGAAGGGGUGCGGAGCGGUACCGCGGUAAGGGGGCGAUAGACCCCAAUUGAAGUUUCUCCUGGUUGUUGACGAGAACAGCAAGGGAAGAUGAUCAACCUGGAGCAUCUGACAGAGCAGGAGAGGAAGAUCAUCAUGGAUGUCUUGCAGAGAGAUGAGCAGCUCAGACAGUCGGAGCAGGAGAGAGUCAAGAGCAACACAAGAAAACUGAAAACAGAACUCCAUGAGCUGCGAAGAAAAUCUGCAGUGAAGGUCGAUGAGGACAGUGGGGACAGUGGCAAGAAGGUUUGCGCUCGUUGUCGUGAGCCGCUCGGCACGAUAUUCAACUCGGGGGAAGUGUGCCCUCGUUGUCAGCACAAAGUCUGCUCCAGCUGUAAAGUGCUUCUUCCGAACACCAAGAAAUGGCUGUGUACAAUCUGCAACAAGCACCUGCAAAUCCGACUAGAAUCAGGAGAGGCGUUUGGACCUAAAGAAGGCCAAGCAGAAGCCUACGGUUCAGACCUAGUCAAGAUGUCACUCGCCAAAAACAAGACUGGGCGUGACCCGAUCGUACACGUCAAUGGUGGUCCUCAGAGCCCCGCAGACUCUGGUUUCCAUGGGCGCGGUGGUGCCAACGUACCAUCGGUCGGUGAGAGCAACAGCACCACGUUUGACGAGGACUACCCAAGCGAUGUCAGCUACGAGCAGAGCAUGGUGUCGGGCAUGGAGAGCAUCGGACCGAGCGUCUCCCAGCGUGGCACCGUUGUAAGUAAUGGUGUUGAAGGCGGGCUGCAUGAUACGGCUGACAUCACAAUGGAGCGCAUCCCAUCACGGAACGGUUCUCCAGCAACCAGCCGAAGGGGCAGGCAGGGAGGAGAUGCAGCUGAUUAUAGCCAGUAUGAGAAGUCCAGAUCAAGAAAAUCCCACAGUCCUGCAGGCAGCAGAAGAAACUUGCAAGGGGCGGAGCUGUCUGAAGACGAGAGGAGCUACCGGUCUAACGGGUCUGGUGGAAGGGGUGGGUCCGGUGGAAGGGGUAUGUCUGGACACCCCUCUAUACCAACCAUCGCCAUUCAAGAUACAGGUGACUCAUCGUUCAGUGAAGGUGAAUACUACAGUGGUUCGGAAAGGUUGCAUCGACAGGCCCUGGAAGCUAACAUGUACAGGGAUGAUGAAGAAAUCCACCAAACUUUGGAGUUUUCUACCCAGAACCCUGAGUUUUCCCAACUUCCUGUUAAUGAGGAGGGAACUAGUGUAGAGGAAGAAGAGUUGGAAAUUAGGAAGAGCUAUGUCUCCUUCUGUGAAGUUGACCAGUCAAGUCUUGGAGAAUCUCAAGAUGAAAUGGUGGAGGCUUGUGUCAUCACGACAAAUGCAGUAAUUGAGAAUGAGCCCAGUGAUUCCUUGAAGGAAACGGCUGUUGAUCAGAAACAGCAGGUCAUCUGUCACGAAGAUGAUACUUUGGAUGGCAUGAAGUCUUCCUUCAAUGGGCCCAAAAUUGAAAGAAGUGAGUUGGACAAUCUGGCGCUCCGUGAAACAGAGGAAGGGCUACUGUUGGCAACUGCUUCUGGAGUUGUUCAGCAGGUUCUCAUUGGAGCUAAGCGACAAAUGCAAGAAGAGAUUCGCACAGGCAAAGGAGAGGACUCUCCUCGAGUCACAGUAUCAGCCAUGCAGCCAGAAGUACAGGACUCUGCAGAAGGAGCAAUGGCACCUUUGAAGCCAGAGAGAUCCCCUGCUACUGCCGACCCUGAUGUGCCAGUGGCCUUUGACAGCAGUCUGGAAGCGGGAGCUUCGGCUUCACCUGGACAGCCUGAACCAUCCACAGCCACCAUCAAGAUCAUGACGGACCUCACAGGGGCCGGGCCCAUCAGAGAGUUGAAAUUAAGUCAAGAAUUAUUCAAGGAGUCUGGCAAGAAUGGAGAUCUCGGAGUGACGCAGUUUGAUAUCCGCGGGACUGGUCCACCCAAAGUGGAAUCAGAGCUUGGUACCAAGGGUCCAGGAGAAGAAGACGAUACUGAGAGGACAGAAAAUGUCCAAGAGGAAGAACCACCAACCAGGAAGGUUGAACUGAAGCAGACUGUAGAAGAAGUCAGCAGUGGGGAGGCUGUCAUGGUUAAUCCUUCAGAACCCCAGGUUAUGGUAAUGGAAGGACCAGUAGAAUCUCUGAUACUUCCAAAGUUACUACACCAGCAUGAUGAAGUUCAUGCCAUAGAUGUUGAUCCUGAACAGAAGUCGUGUGCAGAGCAGGACGAUGUCGAUGAAGAAUCAGAAUCCAUAGGGUUUCCUGAUGGUGAAAGCACAAUACUGGGUGCAAUCAAAUCUCAAGAAAAGCCUGUAGAGGAAGCAUUGGAAUUAAGCUCGGAAAUGGUGCCCCUGCUGGCACUAAAGCCUAAUGAAAUGAUGCUUCCAGAAGAUCCUUUGGUCGAAGUAAGACAAAUGGCUGAAGACACGAUGACCAGCAUCUCAGAGUCUUUGUGUGAAGAGGAGAUGUCUCUACCAGAUCUAGAGCAGUCUGAGAGAUUAGAAUCUACAACGGUUGUAGCUGAUAAAUGUUGUGCACUUCAACCUGUGCCUCCUGAGGAACCUCUGCAGAUGAAUGGAGAAAAGCCUGAAACCUUUCAAGAUCUAGGUGAAGAACAGAGGAGCAUACAUGCAGUUAACAUAGGUGAUGCUUCAACUCUUCCUCCAAAGGGAGACAACAGCCAAGAUGAAAGCAAAGGAGAAGAUGAAGUUAGACAAAUGGAGAGCAGUGAUACAUAUCUCGACCCUCCUCUUGGUACAAGCAGUUCAAGUUUGGUUCACAGAGAGGUCAAAGACAGCAAAGAGGACAUGUCGAUUCGGCAGGAAAAGGAUCAGAAACAAGAAGAAAGAUCUGAUGGAUUGCAUUAUAAAAGGGUCUCACAAAAGAAGAAAACGGUUGCUCAUCACGUCAAGAAGGUCCUGGAAAGAAAAAAAGUAGGAGAGGACAGUGUGAGACCUCAACUGUACAAGCCUGGCAAUCAAGAUGAGAAAAUGUCAAAAGGGAUCCAUGAAGAACAGAUAAAAUCUGCAGCUUCUCUAAACCAGAUGGAUGAGAAAGAUCUCCACCAAUCUGGUAAUGCCAAGCUGCUCUCUCUUGGUGAAGAAAGUAGUACACAAUCCGGGAUAGCACCCAUAACAAAAGCACCUCUAUCAAACCAAGGAAUUUUAUUGGAGUCCCUUCUAGCACUCAAAGUUGAUGAGAUAGUGCUUCCUCCAGAUUCUCUACACGAAGUAAGAAAGGUGGCUGAGACCACAUUGGACAGUAUUCAAGAAUCUAAAAGAAGGUUCUGUGAAGAGGCGACAUCCCUUCCAGAACAGACCCCUGUGAGAAUUGCCUACCAAGCCGAGGAAUUUCAGGAUGGACCUCAAGGAGAAUUCGCCAAACAAGACCAACUGGAACCAAUGAUGAUGAGGAAAGGGAAAAUCCUUCUGGGGCAUGAAAUACAGCUCCACUCAGCACGACACCUCCCUGUUGUAAGAGAGAUGGCAGAGUUUGAGUCUUCCUCAGGAGGAGGGGCAGUAGAGUGCUCAGAGGAACCAUGUCUUGUCAGGGAGGAGGAGGAUUUCGUUUCCAAUAGGGAGGAACGAGGGAUAAUUACUCUCCGACAUGUAGGUCUGUUUGGAUCAUCUAGGAAAGGAGGAUUGCAGAAGGUGAAUGUAGUGAACGAUCAGUGGACUUCUCGUGGGUUCUAUGUCACGGGAACGUUGGACCCCAACACAGGACAGUGGGUAACCUAUCGCAAUGGUCAGCUCGUUACGAGCUCAGACGCAGUGACUGCUGAUCAAGAUCCUGCCAAAGGAACCUCCAAGUCUAAUGGGCAUGCGGGCAGAGCUCCUUCCAAAGAAGAGCUUCGAACAGUCCCUGAUGUACAAGUAGAUCCAAACUUAGACAAACCUGCAGCUGUUACAAUCGAGGUUGACAUUGAAAUUCCCCCACGAGCGCCAAGAGUUCCGGAGGGAGACCAAAGGACGACGGUGUCAUCGCUCAACGAGGAAUUCAAAUCUUUAGGGAAAACGGAAUCAUUGUCAAAGUUCACAUCUCGAUCAUCAACAAGCAGCGUGACCUCCCCAGUCGAAAAGAGAUUAUCAAAGAAGAAUAUGCUGCAUAAGACAAGAGAAAAGAGAAGAUCCCAAAAGGGUAGUUCGUCUAGCCUGACCAGCCUCUACAGCACAGGGGAAGAGUUCUACGGCAAGUACCCCAUCACAGGGGACGUCAGCUUUGGCCUGGGGUACAACUUCAAGACCAAUGUCUUCGAGGUCAAGAUUGGUGGCUGUCGGGACCUGGUCCCCAUCGACGCUAAGAAGAACAAGUCAGAUCCGUACAUCAAGACCUAUCUCUUGCCAGACAAGUCCAAGAACAGCAAACGUAAGACCAGGACCAAGAAAGGCACGAUCAAUCCCAACUACAGUGAGAAUCUGAAGUAUCCCAUCGCCCAGAGUGAGCUGGAGACGAGGACCCUUAGUGUGGCUAUCUGGCACUAUGAUCGCUUUGGACACAACAUGUUCCUGGGAGAGGUUUUGCUCCCCCUAGACGGUCUGGAUCUGACCAGCUAUCCGGUCAAGUGGCAUCAACUCAAGACAAGGGUUCCACCUAACGAGACCAAGCCCAUCUCCUACAAGGGAGACAUAGUCCUAGCCCUCAUGUUUGAAACCCUGCUCGACGAGAACAAGAACGGAACCAGCGGGUCCAAGUCGACGUCAUUACGGCGCAAGAAGAAGGGUCCACCGUCUAAGGUGAUCGGAGGGAGUCUCAAGAUUCAUAUCAAGGAAGCUAAGAACCUCUCACCUCCCAGAGUUGGGGCUGUUGUCAACCCCUACGUCAAAGUGUACUUGGAACCAGACCGAAGUAAAACUCAUAAGAAGAAGACCUCUACGAUGCGUAACACCCUCAACCCAUCCUAUGAGCAGAGUCUGGAGUUUCCUAACGUCACCGAGGACAUUCUCAAGGAGAGGGCGCUAGAGGUCGGCAUCUGGGAUAGCGAGAUUGGAUCUUCUUCGUUGCUAGGAGGAGUAAGACUCGGCUCAGGCACUGGCAAGUCGUAUGGUCGAGGUGUUGAGUGGCAAGACUCUACGGGGAUCGAGAUUCAACUGUGGGAAGAGAUGCUGCGCAAUCACAACCAGUGGGUCGAAGCAUGUCUCACGCUCAGAGCUUCAUUCGACAAAGACAAAAAGACAUAAGAGCAAAAUCACCAUGGCAACAUCAUCAUCACUCUUGUUGUCAUAGCAAUAGUCUAUGUAUCAUCAUUGUCAUUGUAGUGGUGGUCGUUGAUGCUCUUGAAACUUCUGUCGACAAAGAUAUUGGAGCCAUCAUCGUCAUUUUGGUAGUUGUCAUCGUCACAAUCGCGUAGUGGUGGUCGUUGAAGCUCUUGAAACUUCUGUCGACAAAGAUAUAGAAGCCGUCAUUGUUAUUGUGGUAGUUGUCAUCGUCACCAUCAUGGUACCGGUGGUCAUUGUUGUUACAGAUCUCUCAUUCUUGGAGCUUCAUUGGACAAGGACAAGAAUAUAUAGGAGAGCAAUCAAUGUCAUAUCAUCCUGGUGGUGAUCAUGAUAGUCGCCAUCAAUGCAAUGAGUGUUCAUGUCAAUGUUGGUGAAGUCAGGGAUGCCAGUUUUCAGUCAAAAGCUUGAAAAAAGGCCCUGGCGAUUUAUUUUCAGGCCAUAGUUUAGGCUUUUUGUGUGUACAAAAUAGCCCAUUCUAGGUAAUUUUCUAACUGGCAUCCUUGUGAAGUACAUACAUUUUGAAAUGGCAUUCCAACUAGAUGCAGAUAUUUAUCGUAAUUUCUUGUCCUAUACUAUGCAUGAAAAUGGGAAUUAAUUGAUAGUAGAUGCUUAAAGCAAUCAUGUAACGAUUAACCAGAUCACUAUGAAUACAUGUAUAUAUGAUACGAUGGUCUCCUCAAUUAGGAUGAGGGAAAGUGAAUCUUUAUAUCUCCUGGAGGUGUUUUCAGUAAACCACAAGUGCUAUUUCAUUGCCAGUAGCUAGGAUGCACAUUUACAGAAAAUAUUGUAUCAUAUCUUUUCCAGGGCAUUUCAGGGCACAAUGUAUUCAGAUGGAAUGAUAUACAUGUAGUUAUCCCACAUAUUCAUUAUUGUGUGUGGUUUUCACCUGCGUACAGCCAAACAUGUGGGGAUUUUUACACCUUGGAAUAGAUAGCUGGAGUGGCUUAACCAGCUACUUUCCUUAAUCAGACAACUUUGAGAUUGAACCAAGUCAACAUGUACAUUCAGAAAUGAAUAGGACUGUAGUCCUGUAUAUUCAGAAUUGUGUAAAGGUUUUUUGUUUUUCCGUAUUCAAAUGAUUUGAUCUGGGAAAUCAUAAAUGAGCGUGAUUAAGUUGAUCAAUCAAUCAGAAACGUUCACUUUUUUGAAGCCGGUCCUUUUUAAUUUACUUCAUGUAAAAUUUAUAAAAGUAGAUAUAUCCCAAGGCAUUUUUCUGAAAUAUGUUUUGAUAUACAAAAUUCUUUGCUAUACAGGAUUUGCCUCAUAAUAUUUGAGUUUUUUGCCUUCUCAUACUAAAUGUAGGCUGUGGUAUGUUUAUGUACAUGGUUAAUACGACAUGGUAAUCAAUAUAUCCAAAUUUGCAUGAACAUGUAAAUACCAUUCGUUUGUAUAUUUAUUCCCUUUUUACAUAUUUAUUUUAUUUAUGACACUCCUCUUAGUCUUAUGAACUGCAACUUUUUCUUAGAUAUUUAACCUGGGUGAAACAUCUUCUUUGCCAUUCAAAUGAAAUUGUGUUGUAAUGCCUUGUACUCGGGUUAAAUGAUAGAAAAGAACAGGAUUUUUAUGGGGUAAAAUAAGAUAAUAAUAUUGGCAUUGUACCUUGCAAACAACUCUCUUAAAUAUAUAUAUAUAUAGAAUAAUAUUUUAUGAGUUUAUUACUGAGGAACUAUUGAGGAACUGCUCAAUAUAAGUGGUAUUUUUGCGUAGAUCCUAUGUAUACAUGUACGUGAAAGGAAGCGAAAUUUGUGUAUUAUCUUGUGCAUAUAUUGUUUUUCCUUUUUUGAGAACACCGCAAAAGUCUUCCAUCCAUGUCUAUCAAAUAUGUUGGUGUUAUCUAUUCGUUUUGUAUUCAUUUGAGUGGCUUGUGCCCAUGCAUUAUUCUUGAAUCUCAGUUCAUGCAUGUAGCAAAUGAAUAUUGGCAAUUUGAUCAGUUAAUAUUUCAUGCAAUUUGAAAAGCAUUCAACCAGGUCUAUACCAUAGGAAGAUAUACAGUACUUGUGACUUCAAUGAUAUGCUUGGCCUGCCUCUGUAAAUGUAUUCUUACCGGUAAUCAUGUGCGUAUUUGAUGAUCACAAUCUUAAAUUCUUGACAUUUUCCUUGACAGUUAUAUAAAUGAUGAAUUAUGCUGCAUACACCUGUAUCUUAUAGAAUAUGCCUGAUUUAAUCAAAACUGUUUAAAAAUAGUCACUAUUGUGAUAACUUUAUUUAUUUGUAAAAACAAAUCCUUUCAAACUCUAGGUAGAAAAAGCAAACUGUAGGGCCAUGUAUUUUGAUAAAUUGCUAAUCUCUUUGUUUGGUUUGUGUUUUUUUCUCAUUUUUAGUCUCACCUGCUAUAAAGAUAAAUUGAAUUAAGCAACUCAUAGUCACAUGUAUAUUGUUCACACAGUGGCAUUAGGUAUCUCUCUAGUUCAUUGAAUAAUUGUGAAAUUCUAGGAUUUUAAUUUUAUUUGUACACUUUCUUAGACCGGGACAGGUACGUCAACCUAUGCAAAAUAAACAAGGGGGGGGGGCUACGGAUCACCAAUAAAACUAAUAAUUUGUGGUACAUGUUCAUGUAUUGACCCAUGUGUCCAUAAAUCAAGGUAUAUUUGUCUUGCACAACACCAUUUAGUCCAAAACUAUACUUUACUUCAGUGUUUUGAUUUUGCUACCUUGACAAUAAUGUUUAUUUGUAAGAUUGACAAUUGUAUUCACCUUUGAUAUUUAUAUGAGGUUUUGAUUGGAGAAAACAAGAUAGUUUCUUACAAACCUGGACGACAUCAAACAAAGGGGGAAAAAUCCUCUCUCUCUCUCACUUAUAGUAAAUCAGAUAAGGUUACAUAAUUCUCAACAAUUUUCUGGUCCAUUGUUUCUCAUGAAUUUUCCAUUUGACUUUCAUGAUUAUAAAUCAGGCAGAAAAGAAGAAUUUGCUACAAAAAACAUGGAAAUUUAUUUAAGGUGAACUGGUAUUCCUUAUUUGUCUGUAUUGGGAAUUUUGUCUAUGCAUCUCUUAACCCCAAGGAGGGAAUCCGUAUUGAUAGUUAUCAAGGUGAUGGCAUUUAAUGAGUAUAAUUCUUAAUGUGCACAUGAAACCAAUUGACUCUUUAUGAAAUGUAUAUUCUACAGGCCUUUUUACCAUUAAACUAUUAAUUACAUCAUUUACAUGUAUAUAUAGAAUGUUGAGAGUUCUUUUUUGAAAGAAUGAUUUUCAUGAAAUAUGUGCAAUGAGAAAUUUCAGGAUACCUACUAAUACUCUAGUCUCGAUUUACAUGAAAGUAUAAUUUUAUAUUACUAGAAGAUUGAUAUGAUCUGUGUUAUGUAGGUGCUUGGAGCAGUAUAUUAGCAUACAGCUAAACUUGUCUAUUAAGGCCAUCCAAGGAAAACAUGAAACUAGCCACUGUAGACAGGUCGUCCUUCCAGACAGGUUCUACAACACACAUAUCUCCCUAGAGAGAGGCAAUAGAGGUGGUCACUGUAGACAGGUGGCCUUUGUAGACAGGUGGUUCUUCUAGACAGGUUCUACAACACACAUUUCUACCUAGAGAUGGCUGCUAGAGACAGAUUUGACUGCACUUUUAAAUGGAAUGCAAAAACAGUAGAGAUAUUCUCUCGUUUUUUAAAUUGUUGAUGUAUUUUACUAUCCUGCGAUUUCAGAAAAUGAACUGUAUUAGAAUAUUCAUGUAGAUUUGGAAUUCGGUAUAGGUGGCUACUUGUAUUUAAAUGAAAGCAUGUUUUACUAAACUUAAAGGAUGGUAGCAAUACAAAUAUUUGGUUCAGAAUUCUCAAUCUGUAUUCUCUUGUGUAUUUUUACUGGAUUUUAGGAACAUUUUACAAACUUUUCAUAGUGCUUAUUUUGACUGAUAAAUGUGUGGGAUAACCUUCAGUACACCACUAUGAUAUGUAUGCGCAUGGAUUCAUAAAGAACAGUAACUAUAAUUAUAUUGAACAAAACUCUCCUCAAGAAAAAUGUGCACUGUUAUUUAUGUCAUUUUAACAAAACAUCAUUUAUUGUUUGAGCAUGGAACUUCAUGUGUUGUAUGGUAGAGUUUAAAAAGUCUGUUUUGUUUUUCUCUUCCACUUUUGUAACCUUUGCACAGCAAUAUUUCUCCAGUGCUUUCUUUCUAGCUUUGUAGUAGUAUACAGUGUAUGUGGUUUGUCGAUGACAUGGAUCCCUUUUUACUGUGCCUUCUUGCAUGUUGAUCGUUUUGUGUUAUACGUUCCGUUUUUUAUAUAUAUGUAUUUAUAUAUAUGAAAAUCUGGAUGGGAAAUGGUUUUACCAAUAUAAAAUUUCAUAUAUAUAUGUAUUGUGUAUUGUAAAGAGAGAGGUGAUGAAAUUAUUAAAUGGAAGGGAUAUAU